CUGUGCGGCCGAGCCGGCCCCAGCCGAGCGCUAGGCCAGCCAAAGGCCUGCCAGAGGCCAGUCAGAGGCGCCGCGGCCAGCGUUCCGGACGCCGGCACGGCCAUCAAGUGCGUCGUCCACGUCGUCCACGUCGUCCACCAGGGCCCAGGACGCAUCCGUCCUCGCGCGGGUACCCAGGCGCCCAGGACAUGGCGACCGCCACCCCGCGAGCAGCGUGUCCGGGCCGGCGUGCCGCUGACGCCCUCACAGCGCUCACUGCCCAACACUGAGGCGCUCCCCCCGGACAGCGGUGCGCGCCGCCACGGUCCGCGAUGAGCGACUCGGGGGACUCGGAGGCGCAGACCUCGAGCACGGCCAACCUGGCCGAAGGAGAAGGCGACGGCAAGCAGGGCUCCAAGAAGAAGAUCAUCCGCCUGCUCACCGUCAUGGCCUACGUGUCCUCGGUGUCCGGCACCGCCUUCAUGCUGUCCAUGUACUACCUGUUCCUGUGGGAGCCCAAGGUGGCCGAGCACCACCUAAAGGGCGACCCCAUGGGGCACCAGGCGCUCGCACUCAAGGGCCAUGUUGACCACGGGCAGCGCGGCGUGUACGACGGCCUCUACGACGGCUACCCCUUGCCCGGAGUGAUGUACAGACCGCCGGGCACUGCGGACAGCCGCGGCGUGGGGGCGGCGUACCCGGUGCCCGUGGGCAGCAGUCCUCCUGGCACCUACCGGUCCGCGGCACCGCCCAUGGGCCCACCCAUGGGACCGCCAAUGGGCACGCCAGGGCGGCCCGUGCCCCGGUACGACUACCAGUACCAGGACUCGGGGCCCAUGUGGGUGCACAGCACGUACUCGCGACAGCCACCUCGCCCACCCAGCCUGAGCCAGGUGCGCGAGCCGAGCGACCCGCUGUUCAUGCCGAAGACGCUGGCUCGGUCGCCGCGCGCGCACCCACCAACACCGAAGCCAGAGCCCACGACGGUGGUGGCGGCAACGUCGACGACGAUGUCGUCGUCUGCACCAAACUCUACGAAGCAAGCGGCGAUGACAACGACGGCGUUGCCGCAGACAAACUCUGCACUCGCUGACCUGCGACCGUCGUCACCCUGGCCACUCACCCCUUCAGCGUCCCCGCAGGCAACCAGCUCGCUGUCGCCGAAAGUGUUGACCGACGAGCGGGCGCCAGCGCCGACGCCAACGCCGACGUCAACGCCAACGCCGACGUCAACGCCCACAAACACGCCGAGGUCCACGCCGACGCCCAUCUCGACGGUCACUGUGACGUCCACGCCAGCGUCUCCGUCGUCGUCCGCGGCGACCUCCGCAACGACCUCCACGGCUACCUCCACGGCGACCUCCACAGCGACCUCCACGCCUCCUCCACGACGUGCUCCUCCGAAUCUCACCGCGCGGAAGCAGCCGCCGAUAUUGCCGCCCAGGUCACCGACGGCACCACCGCGGGCGGUCAGGUUGCCGCCGGUCGUCCAGGAGACGACCCCGACCAAGUCACCCCGAAGGACCGUCGACGCGAAGAAGACACCGCCUCUCCUGUCGCCGGGAGCGCCCCCGGCCAAGGUCCAGCCCCCAGCGGUGCCUGCCUUGGUGCCCGCUGUCCCGCGGCCGUCCCCACCGCGCUGCUCCUGUCCGCGAAGCACACCGUGACCGCGGCCCCGGACGCCUCGGACGCCCCGGCAGUCUAAGGUGCCGCAACGAGCGCCGUCCGGAUCAGGACGGGGGCGUUGUCUGGACGGCAUUGCUGUCUAGGCUGCUCGGCUGCGUCGCAGGACUGCUUGCUUUGCUUGCUCCAGGUCCCAGGUUGCGGCGCGCGGGGCUGCCUCCGAGGCGGGGGCAGACGACGGCCGCCCUGGCCAAGGCCCUGGCCAUCCCACCGGACAGAGGAGCGCUCGGGUGAACGAGAAGAAGGGCAGGCCGACGGACGGAGAGGCGUGUCCCCGGCGUGCAGAUGACCGCCGCGACCGCCGUGUCGUCGACGUCGGCCUGACCGCCGCGAGCCGCGAGCGCCCCUUGCCUUGACGACGUCGGCAGCGUUGGCAGCGGCGCGGCCGCCCCCCGGCCCCAGCAUGAGCAACUUCCGAACCCUGUCCGGCGGCAGCUUCGGGGGCAGCUUCGGCUGCGACGGCAGUCUGAGUCUGACGGUGCCGCUAAACCCGCACGUGGGGGGCCCCAGCCCCACCAUCGUCGGCCCGGGCGGUGCGGGCGGCGCGGGCGGUGGCAGCAGCAGUGGCUCGGGGCCUGCCGAGGUGCGCCUGGCGGGCGUCGACACCAAGGAGAAGAUGUACGAGCCCAAGCAGCGCAAGAAGCUGGUGCGCGUGCUGACCGUGGUGGCGUACCUGUUCUUCGUGUCGCUGGCCGCGGCCAUGCUGUCCCUGUACUACGUGUUCCUGUGGAACCCGUCCAAGAGUCCGCCGCACGUCAAGGCGGUGCAGCGGUUCACCGACGAGCAGCUGCGUCUGCAGGAGCACAACACGCUGCGCGAGCUGCAGCGGAUCCAGGAGCAGCGCAGGGUCAUCGAGAAGCUGCGCGUCGAGGAGCAGGAGAAGGCGCGGCAGCGACAGAGGCAGCGGCAGGCGGAGCAGGAGCGGCGGGCCCUCGCCCUCGCGCUCAAGCGGCAGUCCGCGCCAACCACGCCGGCGCCCAGCUUUGCGGACUUCACAGAAAACGCAGACUACGAAGAGGGCCUGGUCCUCACGCCUCCCCCCGUCUUCCUGCCCGUGCUGCGCCACCGCGGCAGCGUGGCUGGAGGCCUCGGCGUGGGCAUGGGCGGCGACCUCGACGAAGGCCUGAGCCUGGGCGUCGCCUCCCUCUACAGCAACGUGGGCAACGACAUCCCCAGGGCCAAGGCCGCCAAGGCCAAGGCGCCGGGCAGCGCGCCAAGCCUGGGCCGCGGCCUUUCCGGAGCGGCCUCGGGGUCGUCCAGGAUGGCGUCAGGGUUCGGAGGACACAAGGCGCUGCGGCACGGCGGCCUGCACAGCCUGCACGGCCUGCGGGGGCUGCGGACGGACUGAGUGGAGUGGCGAGGAAGCGGCCUAGGGCAGGACCGUACAGGCAGGGUCCCCGUCCAGCGGCGAGCCAGUCAGAAUCAAAAAUCAAUCAGGGCAGGACUGAUGCAAGCCACAGUACGGACUAAUAUGUUCUUUGUUUGCAUAAUUUUGAUAUCAUUUUUGCCCGGACCCCUAGUGAGUGCAGACCACUGUGAAGUCCCAGCAAAUAAGCCGCGUGAGAUGCUUUACAGACCACCUCUAGGCCCUAGGUCCCCCCGCUUUCAAUGAUAAAUGAUAAAUUGUGUUAUGGCUGUGCUGUUGUGGCGCUGGACCGCCCACUUGGAAGUCUUUAGAAAUGCCCCACGUUCCUUGUUCUAUGGCAGAGGCUCUAUUUCGCCAGCAAUAAUGCAAUGAAGAACAACCAUCCGUCCCAUCAAUAAUUUAUGUAUACAUUUUUAAGUACCUGUGAAGAAAUAUAGAAGGUAAAUUCCAAUCUUGGCAAUAGGCAUCAUCAAUAUUUAAAAAAAUCUUUGUGUUUGCUUAUUUUGAUGAAAACCAAUAAAUGUAGUAUUAGAGAUACCUUUACUUUUAACUGUACACUUGAAAUUUACUGAUUGAACAUGAAUAGUUGUAUCAUGAAAAUGUGGUUGUUGUGAGAUGCAAUUCCAUCAAGAAUGAACUCUUCCAAUAAACCUGGAAAACUUCA